GUAGGUAAACAAAAAUAUUUUAACUUGAAACACUUCAAGCAAAGUGCAACUAUAACCUUUGAUAACUAAGAAGGACUUGCCGCCACACCGGCACCUCCUCGUCAUCAGGUAGUUGGUUAAUAAAAGGAUAACGUCUUGAUAAAAGAUGAGGGCGACAUUCUUCGGCUUGCACCUGACCUAGAUAUCCGAUGCCCUCGAUGGAGUAUACAUAUUUUUUCUUUGAGGCAGUCCGGCUUAUAACAAACUUUUGUUGAAGUGCAAGAUUUUUAAAAAGUAGGUCGUACGUUCGAAUUCGGCCGGAUGGAUAAGUCAAAGUAGGUGAAAUAUUAUCAUGAGAUGAGUCACAUCGAAACGAGAUAGGCAAAGUGCGAUAACAAAAUCCAUCGUUCGAUUAUCACACGAUCUUGACAGAAAAGGGGAUUCGAAUAGGGAAUACAAUUAGACAAACGUCAAGUGUACACUACACCGUGUUGUGCUCUCACGGUCCUGAAAAAUUAUUCCACUACAGAAUGCAGACAUCAGUCAACUAUUUGUUUCUGAUAAUUGUCAUUGGACUGACGACAGUUCUCGCUAAUCCGACGACUCGUGCAGUUUGCCCGGAAGAUUAUUCUCCUUGUGUUUGCGAUCUGACAGCUAAUGGCCUGGAAGUCACCUGUGUGGUCUUGGCCCUUGCCGAUGUCGUCAACGUCUUUUUCCGCACGCAAAAUCUAUUUCUCUACUCGGUUUCGUUGACAACUUCCGCCACGGGGUUGGUCGCAUUACCCGCCGAUCUGCUGAGUGACAAACGUGCUCAAAAUAUCCACCUGAAUUGCCCAUCCGCCACAUCCCCUAAGCUCAGUCUGACGAUCGAUCCUGCCUCUUUUGAAUUUACGCGGUUCAACACGACCCGCUUCGAGAUUCACGACUGCGACUUGGCCGGCCAAACGGACAUGAGAUUUCUGAGCGGAUUUGUGGCUCUCCAUACCCUCCACUUAGAGAACACGUUAAACGUCGAGGCUAUGGCAAAUCUGCCCAGUUUGCCCGCUCUCAAGGAACUCGCCGUCGUCAACUGCACAGGGCUGGGAAAUGUAGCCUUCCCCGAUUUGACUCCUACCAGAUUGGAGCGGUUGCACUUGGAUGGGAACGGUUUAAACAAUGAAGCAGUUGCCAAUAUUUUCAUUGCCUUGGGCAGUUCGUCGUCUGUCAGUUCACUAAAAUUGCUGUCACUAGCCAACAACGCCCUGACCAAAAUUCCCACCAUCGCCUCUUUCUCUCAACUGAUUACCUACGAACUCUCCUACAAUGCAGUCCCCUUCAUGAGCCUAUCGACAUUGAUCUUCGGCCCUCCAGUCAACUUUGUUGGCCUCAAAAAUCUUUCGCUGAACGCUAUUGAAGGCGACGCUUUCCAAGGUAAUUUUACGUAUGCCCAGGUGAACUUGGAGAAUAACAAAUUGACCGAGUUUAGGGAAGAUGUCUUUAAAUCGAUGCUGCAACAGAUGACGAUUCAACCACCGGCUAUUGGAGGACAAGUCCUUGUUACUGGAAAUCCGUUCGAUUGCGGAUGUCCUUUGGCCUGGCUGAUUCGAGACAACCAAAUUCUCCUGCCCAGUGUCAAAAACGGAGUUUGCGGCGGAUUCUUUAGGUUCGAGGACCUCAAUCCCGAUGCCUACGGAAAUUGCUAGUUAUGAUGCGUAAUAGACACACCGAUCGGUCAUGUCAAAAGAAAACGUUUUAAAUGUGGUUGUACUUUAAAUGUACGUUUUACAAAAAAGGAAUGCUUUCGAACAGCAUUCCGUUUCAAUUUUAAUUAUAUUCUUAGCGGCUUUCCUUUUAACUUUCCGGCUUCAAUUAGAAUACUAAUUCUGCGAUGAACUGAAACUACCCGAAACUAAUUGUCCCCAUUUUGCAGUUGAAUAAAAUCAAGGAGCUAUUACCGUCAA